GACGCUUAGGAAUUCAGUUUGACGGGGAAAAAAAACAACCAGGAAGUUAAACAGAGGAGGAAACAUAUUUGCUGUGGUGGAGCAUCAAACUCUCACAUCGUUAAAAGAGUUUUUAAAGGUUUUUAAAUCGCUGGGUGAACUCAGCGGUAAAUUGAUCCACCGGGUUCGAUCGGAGCUCUGUUAAACAACAUGGACAUUGAUCCGGAGCGGGGAGAAGGAGCAGAAGCUCCGGAGCCACAGGACAAAGUGCAGGCCUUGAGGGAUCAGGUAGAUGGAGUGAAAAACAUCAUGACGCAGAAUGUAGACCGGAUCCUGGCCCGAGGAGAGAGACUGGAUGACCUCAUGGGCAAGUCAGAGGACCUGCAAGCAGGGGCUCAGCACUUCAAGCAGACGUCUCAGAAAGUGGCUCGCACCUACUGGUGGAAGAACGUCAAGCUGAUCGUGGUCAUCGUGGUGGUCGUCCUCAUCAUCAUCCUCAUCAUCAUCCUGCUGGCCACCGGAGUCAUCCCUACCAGUGCCCCAUUGCCUCCUAUAGUCACUCCCACCAAAAAGCCAUAAACACUCGCACACAUUUAAUGUAUAUACAAUCAUAAACCAACUCCUUGUUAUUGCACAGUAUACAGAGUAAUAUAUAGAGUCAGCUAAUAACUGCUGUCUGGGGAAAUCUUUACUACUUUGGAGUUAUUUCUUUCUGGUAACGUUCAUGCUUAUAUUGGAAUUCAAGGACUUCAUGCUUUGGUUUAAGGAACUUUAAUGACACAGGAGCUUUUAGAGCCUUUCUAAACACAAAUCCAGCGUAGCCAUUUAUCAUUUUGUGAGGAAUUUAACAAAAGUGUCCUCAAGGUCUGAGGUCUUCACCUUACAGCAGCAAGAACACUGUCCCCAUCCUCAAAGGAUGCUUCAUAUCACCACAUCAGCUCCUCUUGUUUAACUGUUAACAGGUAUUUCAUUUUAGCAAAGAGAGUCACUUUACUGUGUAUAGAUGGAAAUCAUGAGUGUCUUACUAGACAUCAUGUUUGUCUUGUAUGUUAUCACGUAUGUGUCCAGGGCAGUUUGUAUAGUUUAAAAGAUGAAAAUGCAGUUUCUAAAAGAUAUCAGGCAACAUGUUGUUUUUGCUGACAUUGGACAAAUGCACCAAACGCAAAUCUGUACCAAGUUUAGGUCACUAUAUUUAAUGAAAGGCCGACUUGUUUAUUGGAUAUGUAUGUUACCAUAUGUGGGUUUAUUCCUUUCAUAGGGCUUCCACUUACGUCGUAGUCAAGACAAUCGAGAAAAAGUAAUCAUCCACAGAAAUUCUUUUUUAAUUUGUCAGAUAGUUUAUUGAGUGUAUACACUUAGCACUGCUUUAGUUCUUCAGAAAAUAUUGUAAUCAGCUCCUUGUUGGUGUUGAGGGAGAGGUUUGUAAUAGCUCAGUUUAUAAAACGAUUAUGUACAAAACUCACAAUUGACCUGUGUUGUGUUUCAAAACGUGGACUGCUGGCUACAGCACAGAGUCCAAAAGUCUUUUGAAGCCGACUGCAUUUGCAGCCAUGUGGGUUUUCUACUAAGAACAAUACAUGGUCCUUAGAAGGGAACACAACACAAACUUGUAGAUUUGUGUUCUGCAGUGUCAUCAUUUUUAACAGAUCGUCUCUAUGCUUUCCUUGUUGUGUUUUAGCUCACAGUAAGUUAGAGACAUUGCAGUUUAAGCGUAUAGACGUUGUACUAUGAUUCAGUAAACAAACCACGAGGGUCAGCUGUUGUACUCUGGUUGCUAUGGGAGAUCAGGCUCUUCAGCCAAUCAGCUGAGAGAGAUCAUUUACAGCCCUCUGUGCCUCCCACUGCUGGCUCCAUGUAAAUCUAAGGCCUCUGCAGUCACAGCUUAUGAGCAGAAAAAAAAAGUUUUUGUGUCUGUCACUUCCCACCUCUGUCAGCUGUUACAGUACAAGGUUUGAACUCAAAGAGGUCAAAAAUGAUCCCAUUAUAAACUGUAAAUAGUCAACAUAGUCUAACCUUUAUGUAUAUUUGCAACAGCCUUUAACCACUGAGUUAAUGGAAGUAUCUGUUGUUUUAGCGGCUAUUUAUUUAAUGCUUUAUGUCAUUCACUCUUUUUUUUUUUUAAAUCAAAAAUAAACCAAUAAAAGCUGUAUGUGAUUUUUGAUAACCCAGAUUGGUUAAUCAUUUUCUAGAAGUAGGUAUAAAAGGGAUGCUACAUUAGAGCUAAUUCUCUAGUGUUUUACAUGGCUCUGUUGUGCAGACUGUUCACAAACUAAUGCUGACCUGGUAAAUGCUGCGUGAGAACAAGAAGCAGGUCUCUCUCUGUCUUUAUCUCUUGAUAUCUUGAAUCCACAAUUUGAAAACAGAUGAAACACCAGCAUCCUGCUCAGCUGUACCUGUGAUGUAUCACAACGUCAAGAGUCUCAUGUUGGUGACUUAUGGUAUUUAAUGGUUUUAAUGGUCUCAUGAAAUAAAACUGAUUUACCUCUG